AUGGCGGGUGCAAAAGAGAACCUCUCGGGGCAUUCCGGUGCCCAUGCGGGCCCCUUCGAAGACACGGAGUGGCCAUUGAUGGAAAGAUCUUUGCCCGGACUUUGGUCCCCCUACAUGGCCACGGAGCGCAAGACAUGGGCAAAGAUGUUUAUCAUCUUCGUCGUGCUUCUGAGUGCCAUUGUCAUGGGUAUCCUGUCCAUCUACUGGGGAGCGGAUCACUCUCUCCAGUUCAACGUCCCGGCGUUCACCGUCGCGGUGAUCGACUUUGAUAAGGGAGAGGUCGGCCCCUACAUACAGAACAUGGCGGCGGAGGCGCGCGCAGCCAACCCUGCAAAGACAUUGGGAUACGUCUCGGAACCCGGCGAGAAGUACAACUAUUCCAACGAGCAGACGCUGCGUGCGUUGAAGCAAGAGGAGUACUGGUUUGGGAUCGUGGUCCAGGCCAAUGCGACGACGGCCAUGAACUACGCCUACGAGACGGGCAACAGCAGCUACGAUCCAACGGGCGCCGUCCAUCUCAUCUACGAAGAGGGCCGAAGCUCCUUGACCAUCGCGACGCUCGCGUAUCCCCCGAUCCUCAGCUUCUUGAACAGCUUUGUCCUGCAGUUUGCCAAGCAGAAGCAGGAGUCCCUUCGAAGGGCCAACGCCGGCAAUGCAGCGGCUCUGGCGAGACAGGCUGAGAAUCCCAUCCCGAUCGCCUUCUCCAUAUACAACACCGCACCAUAUAUCCCAAGCACAGCCGAGGCCUCGACAGAGAUUGGAACGAUCUACCUGAUCAUCGUCUCCUUCAUCUCCGUCCUCAUGUUCAACGCCCUCAACGAAGCCAUGAUCGGCAAGAUCCCCAUCGCCCGCUGGGUCCUCUACCGCAUGACGAUCCUCCCCCUCCUCUACCUCUUCCUCUCCCUCCUCUACCUCGCCCUCUCCUGCGUCUGGCAGAUCGACCUCGGCAAGUUCUUCGGCGCCGCCGGCUACGCCAUCUACUGGCUCCUCUCGUGGAUCGCGAUGAUGGCCUUCGGCCUCGCCGUCGAGAACGUCAACAACGUGUGCGGCCAGCCCUGGACGCCCGUCUUCUUCGUCUUCUGGGUCAUCUCCAACGUCGCGACCGGCUUCUACCCGACCGAGCUGCUGAGCAGCUUCUACCGCUGGGGCCUCGCCUGGCCCCUGCGCCACGACCUCAUCGGCGCCAAGGCCCUCAUCUUCGGCACCAAGAACGUGCUCGGCCUGAACUUCGGCGUGCUGCUCGCCUGGGUCGGCGUCAGCAUCGCCCUGCAGCCCCUCACGCUCUGGCUGCAGCGCCGCCGGCUCCGGGCGCAGGCCGAUUCCCACGCGCGAGAGGUCCUCGAGCGGGUGUACCAGGGGAGCAAUUCGGAGGGAGGAGGACGGGAAUGA